AUGUCCACAAUUCCUGAACUCUACAACAAAAAGUGUCAUUGUGCUGGAUGUAGUCAGAACGAUCUUGGCUAUAGUUUUGUUGCCAGAAGAACUGCUCAACGUCAUAACAAAAGGGCAAGACUAAAUGCCAUAAGAUGUGAAAAGGCUAUCUUAACCCAUCAAUCUGGAGCCCUGGAAGAAUCAUACACUCAGACAAACUCAUCUGUUUGGGAAGGAGCUUCAAUGUCUGACACUGAAGACGUUUCCGUUACUAAUGACACGAUCAGCAAUGGUGACAAUGAUGACAGUGGAAGCAACAGCAAUGAAAUCAGUGAAGACAAAAGCGAAGACAAUGUUAUUGAGCUUGACAACAAUGAAUUGAUUAGUGAAGGUCAGUUGGUGGUUGACAAGGGCGCCAUUGUCUUGAUUGAGUUCAUCAACAAGCUCUUGACAAUUUACGAGCAGGAUUUUCAACUGCCCUUGAGCCUUCCUGGUCUUCAGUGCAUGACAGGUUUCUCAGUCAUGACCAAAGGCAUAAAGCAAUUUGUUGUGUGUCAGGAUUGUCACAAGGUGUAUAAAGAAAGUGCAUCUGUCCCGUCUCAUUGCGAUUUUGUAAAGCUUGGUGCACACUCGUCUUGCAACUGCCAAUUGACGAAAACGUCAGCAUUGAGUGCUUUGGUGGCCAAGCGAUUCAGGGAUAAAAUUAGACCUUGGAAUCACGAGCUGAAGAUGGUGAAUAUGAUGUGUGACAUAUACAAUGGUGCCAUGUGGAAGGAGCUCAAAGACAAAGAUGCACUAUGGCGAAGAAAAUGGUAA